GACGCUGCAAACUGAACAGGACGGAGCCGACUGCUUAAAACGAGCAAAAACUAAUUUAACUUUGAAGCUAGACACAACAAUUGUUUGAGUAGGAAUGGAUGACUCUACGAAACGUUUUCUGCAGCGACUCGUCAGGCGGAUACCGACGCAAAUGCUGGAAACGACGCUGGAGAAGUGGGGCCGUUUGAGUCGAGCCCAGCAGCAGUCAGUGGAUUUCUCUCAGACCAAAUGGGCGAUAACGGAAAAACUAAUAGCAAUUUGCGAGGAAAAUGAGUUUGCAGUGAAACACCUCACAGAACUCGAGAUGAUUUAUGUCAUUGACAAUCCAAACCAGGGAAUGUGGUAUGCCUUCCAGCUCAUGGACCCAGAGGAUGAUGCUCACUCUGUAGAGCUGACGCAGUUCAAGGAACAGUUUAAGGCUCACCUCAAAGAGCUCGUAAGAAAUGUGUCUGUCAAAAUAAAGAAGCACACAGAUGAAGCUGUAUGGAUUCGGGUUGCAUGGGGAGACGCAUACUCUCGACCCAACCACCUGAAACCAACAUAUGUUGUUCACUAUCUUCAAACCCCUUAUGUCUUUGUGACCAGCCUGACUUCAAAACAAAAACCACUAUUAUCCCAGGCCUUAGUUCUGUCCACCAGACAUCAAGCUGUCAAGGACGCUAACCUCAGUGGACGGAAGCUCACUGCCAUCAGGGACCUACUGAUGAGGCAGUAUCAACAAGUGUUUCCCACCAAGUAUCCCAGCCCUCUUGCAGAAAAUAAUCACACCGUCUCACACCCACACAUAGAAAGAGAACAAGCUGAGCCUGCAGCAAACAGACUUCAGAUGGCCUCGGAGGCCUUCGGUGGAGGGAUUUUACCUCAGCUACAGUCUGCAGUUUACAAGCUGGAGACAAAAUUCAGAGACCACACCAACAAAACCAUGACAGAGCGGGAAGAACCCUUCAGAUGUGUUGUCAAAUUUGCGAGCACAAACCUCCUGGAGUCACUCAGAAACUGUGCAUCUUCAGGAAUUGCCUCCACCCCUGUCACACCUCUGCUCUCAUCUAUUCCUCUAAAAGGAAGGAAUUAUUUUGUAAUCACAGACAAUGGACCAGGUCCCUCCUCACAAACACGGCAGCAGCAGAACUGAUGAAUGAUAGGUGUUUGAUUUAAAGGAUUCAAAGUUUGGCCUGCCAUGUCUAAUCCACAGUUUGCUUUACCAUUCUAACUUCAGUCUCCUUGUUAACAUGGUUCAGAAGAGCCAUGACUCUUAGGACUUAAGAAUCAACUAAUGUGUCUUAGUGGGCUUACACUUACAAAUAAGUCAGUAGUUGGCAAUGCAUAAUCGGCAAUUUAUUAUCUUGGUAUUUAAGUGGUAACAUGUUGACGCCAUUUUUAUGUGUCCAUAUUGUAUUUAUAAGCAGGCUUUUUAAUAUUCUUUGAGUUUGUAACUUGUGUCAAUUUCAUGUUGUAUUAUCCCACACACACACACAUCAUUUUACUUUUUUUCUUUUUUUUCAUCACUUACAGUGUUACAUAAAGGUGUUGUGGAGCACAUGAGAGGUCUUGUGGGAGUGCAUAAAAUUAUUAAACAAGCUCCUAAUAAGUUUGCAUUUACAAACCUUAUGCCCUGACCAGAGGCUGUCUAACUGAUCUGAGCUGUUAUAAUGGUUUUGAUUUAUUGAUGUAAUUUGGCGGUGACAGAUGUGCUCAGCGGAUUUAUAUACAGCAGCAAAAUGAUAUGAUGCUAAUAUACGUUAGAAUUCAUGUAAAUGAAGGCUGAACCAUGAACAGAAAUCACAGAUCGCCUGUAUAACAUUUUGUCACCGCCUCCUGCUGCGGCCUCCUGCUCUCGUGCGCAGUCCAUGCGAGACGCAGUUCAUCUGGAACGAACCUAAUAUUUUAAAUGCGCAACGACACAGUCAAAUUUAGGUUGCUUCAGUGUGAGUUAUGGUUAGUGUCACUGUCUCCGGACAUAUCUCUAAAAAGGUUGCAUCUACCUUAACUUUUAACUCAUUUAAUGUCCAACGCGCCCUGUAUGCUAAUGACCAAAAUCAAACACACCUGCGACGUUGCGUAAUGUCCACGUGCGUCUGUCAGAGCUCUGACUGAAGGGAUUUUACAUUCAACUGACAUUAUCCUGUUUUUGACAAUAAACCGUAAUGUGACCGCAUUCAGCUCAGCAUUAUGGAAAACUGAGGAACGCAGUGGCACAAAAGGGACGAGUGGACUGUCAAGUAGCUGUGGGAGUGAGUGACCAGACUGUUUGAUUUCCCCACUAAUGUAUACUUUUAUAUUUCUUCUAAGCAUGACAUAAUAAAUCACUUUUUUUUCAUCUGUUACAGGACACUGAUUGAAGUACAGCAUU